AUGAAGGCCUCUUCUAUCAUCUCCGUCAUUGCUGCUGCGGCAUUCGGCCGCGUUGCGGCCGAAACUGGCGCGCUUGGUGAUGCCCUCAUCAUGUCGAACCCACCUGGUGUUGUGUACGAGGCUAUCUUGCCCGAGACUCCCUUCUUCAAGGCGGGUUCGUUGGACGGCAACGUCAAAGGUUCCAUCGUCGCCAUCACGGCCCCCGACGGCAAGGGUGUUGAGUUCAAGGUCCGCUUCUCCAACCUCCCCAAAGAGGGCGGCCCUUUCUCCUACCACAUCCACGUUGACCCUGUCCCCGCCGACGGAAACUGCACCAAGACCCUCGCCCACCAAGAUCCCUUCAUCCGCGGCGAGGUCACGCCCUGCGACGCCUCCAAGCCCGAGACGUGCCAGGUCGGCGACUUGAGCGGCAAGCACGGUGCCGUCACCGCCGACUACGAGAAGACCUACAUCGACUCCUUCGUCUCCAUCGCCGAGGGCCCCGGCUCCUUCUUCGGCAACCGCAGCUUCGUCUUCCACUUCGCCAACAAGACACGCAUCAGCUGCGCCAACUUCAAGCUCGUCACCAAGCCCGACACGCACGACAAUUGCACCUCCACGACCCCCGGUCCUACAGGCUGCCCCCCCGUUGCUACUGCCUCGCCGACGCCUGUGCCCUUCCCCGGUGCGGCUUACACAAGCGGCGCAUCAAUCUCUCUGAUGCUCGCGGGCUUCGCCGCCGUCGUCUUCGUGCUCUGA